GCGACUCAAAGUUCGCGAAUUGUAUUUUUUUUUUAAGGAUAUUUUUAUUUCUUCUUGUACUAUUAGAAAUUCUUUGUUUGUACAUGUACGUUUCAAUUCGUUAACAGCUGGAGUUAGGGUUGCUUGUUUUCUGUGAUUUUUUUGUAAUACUCGUCAAUUGAAUAGUUUUUGCUACUAAUCUUUGUAUUGAGUUUUCAGUUAUUGUUAAUUAGAAAACCAGAUAUUAUUUUUGAUUGCUGUAAUAGUAUAGGGCCGACGAUGAACAAUUGUAAAUUAGGGUUAGGUUUUUCGUGAUCUGUGAUGGAAAUGGAGAGUACGCGUAGAGCAUUUGAUAGAUCUAUGUCGAAGGAACCGGGACUCAAGAAACCUAGGCUCAUCGAAGAUCCCACAGCUCAAGAUCGAAUCUCCAAUGGCCGUGGUGGAUUGGUUCAAAGGCCGACCGUUUCGAACUCCGGCAUCGGUGCAGGCUCGCGGGUCCAGAGCGGUGACUCUAUGCGUGGGCCCUACCAGCACCAGGUAGCUCCGCAGUUGCAUCAGGAGCUGGUGACUCAGUACAAGACUGCGUUAGCUGAGCUGACUUUCAACUCAAAGCCAAUAAUAACGAAUUUGACGAUUAUUGCCGGCGAGAGUUCGCAUGCUGCCAAGGCCAUUGCAGCCACUAUCUGCACCAAUAUUAUUGAGGUUCCUAGUGAGCAAAAACUGCCUUCUCUGUAUUUAUUAGACAGUAUUGUGAAGAACAUUGGGAAGGAUUACAUAAGAUACUUUGCUUCCAGAUUACCUGAGGUUUUCUGCAAGGCAUACAGGCAGGUUGAACCUGCGAUACAUCAGGGUAUGCGCCACCUUUUUGGAACCUGGAAAGGAGUCUUCCCUCCUCAGACACUUCAGAUGAUUGAGAACGAGCUUGGAUUCACUACUGCGGCAAAUGGUUCACCAUCAAGAACAACAUCUAGGCAGGACUCACAAGCUCAACGUCCUGCUCAUAGCAUUCAUGUAAAUCCUAAGUAUUUGGAGGCAAGGCGACUGCAGACCACCAGGGCGAGAGAUUCUGUCAGCGAUUCUGGUGAAGCGCUGUUGACCUCGCAUGAGGAUGUUGAAGAACUUGAGAGAGCAGCUAGUAUUAGUUCGGGUAGAUCAUGGGCUGAUCCUUAUGCUAAGCCCAUUCAGCAUCACCACAGAGAUCAAGUAAAUGGGCCAGUUCGUGGCAAAAGUUCAAGUGUACCGUAUUCAGAUUCUGAAUAUGGUUCCAGUGUAUUAGGGCGUCCAGGCUUGGAAACUGGCAGGGUAGUUGAAAAUCUUAAAGAGCGAGGAUAUGACAGGUCUUGGUAUGAAUCGGGAAGUAAUGUGACUGGGAUGUCGCAUCAGAAGAAUGGUUUUGGUCUGAAACGUGGAUUUGAAGGCUAUGCUGGCCACGAGUCUGCAAAUUCCAACUCAGAUCUACAGCUUAAUCAAAAAAUAGUUGGUAGGAACACGGUCGAGAUGAGUGAGAACUGGAAGAACUCUGAGGAAGAGGAGUAUAUGUGGGACGAGAUGAACUCUAGAUCCACUGUACGCGAUGCAGAGGAUGCUUCUAAAGAUCACUGGGGACCUGAUAAUCAUGUUCAAUUGGACUUUCAAAGCCAUCUUCGAAGGCCACAGAAUGUACAUGAUAUUGGGUCAAGGGACGACGAUGAAGCCUCAGCUGAUUCAAUAUCUAUGGAUUUGGGCCAAUUAGCUUCUGGUACUCAAAUGCCUUUGUGGUCACGAAAGCUACAUCCGACAGAAAGUAUGAUGCUUUCAGAAGGUGGUAAAAGCGUAUCAGGUUACUCUGAGGCAUAUCCUACGGUGUUGAAAAACUCUCAAACUGCAGUGGGCAGGGCACAUUCUCAGUCUCAUCUGAGCCCAUCUCAUAUUGGGGGUUCAAGCUUUAAGCUUUCAACAAAUCCGGUGCCAGUACCUAAAGUUGCUAUAACACAACAGGGGAAGCUUCCUGGAGCAGCACCAUCCUUAAAACGAUCGGUAAUCCCCCAACGGCCUCCAUCACCUUCUUUUCCGAAUCAACUACUAAACAAUUUUGCUGAGCGCAACCAGACCUCUGUUGGCCCUCCGACUGAUCCAAGAAGGCCUCUGGGUCAGACUAGCAGACAGAAAUUGCAGCCCCAAAGUUUGCGGUCUUCUUCUACUCUGAUACCUUCUGUUCAGCAGAGGAAAAACAUUCCCUCUGCUCAGAAGAGAAAUCUUGAAGUCUCUGAAUUAGAUAUGCCGUCGCAAGUUUCGGGCUCUGAAAGUCGUUCGACGAGGGGGAAUUCAUCAUCAGACCAAUCGAAUCCUCUUACUGUUCACUCCCCUAGCAAAUCUAUUAGUAGCAUUUCAUUGGACGCUGUAGUUAAGAGUGGAAUACAAGGUAUUGGAAGCAAAUUGCUACCUACGGGUUCUAAGAAAAAGGUAGAACAUCCAUCCUUGCCAACUGGGCUACCUCCCUUAUCAUUAGCAGGUAUUGGCUCAGAACAGACACCGAGUGCAGUUAGUUCCUCCUCUAAUCCCUUUUCUAGUCUGUUAAGCUCACUGGUUGCUAAAGGUUUGAUAUCUUCUUCCAAGUCUGAUUCACUGAUGGUACCUGUGGACAAAGUUCCCGCAGUUGCAACCUCUAGUUCAAGUCCAGUUUCUUCUGUUCCAUUCACUAUACCAAAACCUCUUGUCUCUAUCACAGAUAUACCUUCUUCUUCACUUGAGCCUGCUGUAAAGGCUUCUAAUGAUCUGCUCCAGUCGACAGAAAAAAUAAAACAGCUUAUUGGUUUUGAAUUCAAACCCGAUGUAGUUCGUAAUUCGCAUCCAGAUGUGAUCAGUGAUCUUGUCUCUGACCUUCCACAUGAGUGCACCAUAUGUGGUCUUAGAUUUAAACUCCAAGAACGGCUUGGCAGACACAUGGAGUGGCAUGCGUCGAAGUUUUCUGAUUAUAAUCCUAAUAGCAAUAUGUCAAGAAAGUGGUACGCCAGUGUAGUUGAUUGGGUUGCAGGAAUUGGUCUCCUUCAUCUUCAAGGUAGUCCUUCGGACAUGUUAGAAGCUUCAGGUGAAAUGUUGGAAACUUGUGAGCAAAUGGUCCCUGCCGAUGAGAGUCAAUGUGCAUGUAUUUUGUGUGGCGAAUUGUUUGAAGACUUCUACAGUCAAGAAAGGGAUGAAUGGAUGUAUAAGGCAGCUGUUUACUUGACCAUACCAUCCUCAGAGUCGGUUGAAAGGAUUGCAACUAGUAAUGAUAGUGCCAUUCUAGGUCCUAUAGUCCAUGCUAAUUGCGUAUCGAAAGAUUCAAUUCAUGACUUGGGACUCGUUUCUGAUGUCAAAUUGGAAAAUGAUGUGUAACAACAUUUCAAGGUGAGAUUGAUCGAUAUAAUGUUGCACGUUAUGGUUUCAAAAGACUGAACUGUAAUUUUUUAUACAAUCACUAUCCAUGAGUGCAUCAUGGCAGGCAAGUUCGAUAGAAAUUUUGUAUGUUUUAUCAUUAAGCUCAUAUUGUAUUGCCUUAUUAAAAGGGCUGAUGUGGCAAAGUGGAUCAAACUCCAUAAGAACCUCGUGACAUACAAUUGAUACCUCCUGCACUUCGUAGGCUGUUGCCUGUACCUCUCUCUCAGCCUGAUGAGGUUCUUUUCGUUCUUCUUGUAUCCCAAUGGAAGGGGAAAAUACAUAUAUACUGGUGACUGACUGAUCGUUAUUACGCGUCAUUUUCUUGUUUGUUUGCUUGCUUUUUAGUAUAUAUUUUAUCACCGACUAAAUAUUUAAUUUACGUUCUGUCAUUUUUCUUAUUACAUGUUUGAAGUACACUUUAGCAGCAGCAGCAGUUUAGUUUGUGUUUGACAGUGAGCAACUAAAGAUUUCUUGUUUUGCUCGUCUCCUA